AUGGGUCCCAGCCUCUCGUAUGCCGCCACCCUUACCAUCAGUGCAUACGGUGUCGUUACUCCACCCGCCUUGUCAUUCCCAUCCUAUCUCUCUCUAUUCCUUUACACUCUCUUUCCACUCAUUGGAAAGUCAAGAGGUUUUAGCUUCAAUACUGCUUUCCUUCGACUGCAGCUUACCCAAUACUACCCACCAGUCGACAUCUUCCACCUAUUUCUUCUUCUUCUUCUUCUUCUUCUUCUUCUUCUUCUUCUGUCUAUCUCUCUCUCUCUCUCUCUCUAUCUAUCUAUCUAUUUGAGCCUCUUCAUAUCUAUCUAUCUAUCUACUAAUAUAUCUCAUCUGUACAUAUCUAUCUAUCUAUCUAUCUAUCUAUCUAUCUCAUUCUGUUCAUUAUCUAUUUACCUAUCUCAGUCAGUCCAUAUCACUCUAUCUAUCUAUCUAUCUAUCUAUCUAUCUAUCUAUCUAUCUAUGCCUUUCCAUAUCUUUCUAUAUAUAUAUAUUUCUAUUCUAUGUGUAUCGCUGUAUAUAUCUGCCAUAUACUUCCACUUUAUUUCUUUUAUAUCUAUCUAUCUAUCUAUCUAUCUCAUUCUGUCAGGAUCUAUCUAUCUCUUUCUUUGUUUAUCUAUCUAUCUAUAUCUAUUGUAUUUCGCUUUCUCAACUCUUUUUUUAUUUUCUCUCCUUUCUUUAUUCUAUUUCUCAUUUUACCCCUUCCUUCUCUCUCUCUUCUCUCUCUCUCUCUCACACACACACACACACACACACCGCCUCUAUUUUUCUCUCCUUCUCUUUCUUACUUACCCUACCAUUCUUCCACUACCUACUACACAUAUCGGCUUCCAUUUGAAUCUAAUUUUAUACCGAACAUUCCACUCUUUGCUUCUUUCCACAACCAUUGCUGCCUCCACGAUAAACCAUCACUUACCUUCCCAUUCUACCUGA